CUGUCCUGGAUAACGAAAGAUUAACAGCAGAGGAAAUGGAUGAAAGACGACGCCAGAAUGUAGCCUAUGAAUACCUUUGUCAUCUGGAGGAAGCAAAGAGAUGGAUGGAGGCCUGUUUGAAUGAGGACCUGCCUCCCACAACAGAGCUGGAAGAAGGAUUGAGAAAUGGAGUCUACCUGGCCAAACUUGGAAACUUUUUCUCCCCUAAAGUAGUUUCUGUGAAGAAAAUCUAUGAUAGGGAACAGACUAGAUACAAGGCAACUGGUCUCCACUUCCGACACACAGAUAAUGUCAUCCAGUGGCUGAAUGCCAUGUCUGAGAUUGGUCUCCCCAAGAUAUUCUACCCAGAAACUACAGAUAUCUAUGAUCGCAAGAACAUGCCACGCUGUAUCUAUUGUAUUCAUGCACUCAGCCUGUACCUUUUCAAAUUGGGUCUUGCCCCCCAGAUUCAGGAUUUAUAUGGCAAGGUGGACUUCACAGAGGAGGAAAUCAGUAAUAUGAGGCUUGAACUGGAGAAGUAUGGUAUUCAGAUGCCUGCCUUCAGCAAGAUAGGAGGAAUUCUUGCAAAUGAACUUUCUGUGGAUGAAGCAGCAUUACAUGCUGCAGUCAUUGCCAUUAAUGAAGCAAUUGACCAUCAGGUUCCAGCUGACACUCUUAUGGCAAUGAAGAACCCUAAUGCUAUGCUAAUAAAUCUUGAUGAUCGACUGGAAUCCACGUACCAAGACACACUCUACAGAGCAAAGCAAGAUAAGAUGGAAAAUGCUAAAAAUAGGAUUGCCUCAGAAAAUUCAGAUAGAGAGAGAGAUGUCUAUGAAGAACUUCUGACUCAAGCUGAGAUUCAGGGCAACAUCAAUAAAGUGAAUGCACAUGCAGCCAUAUCGAAGAUUGACCUGGCUCUGGAGCAAGGAGAUGCAUUAGCACUGUAUGAAGCUUUGACAACACCAGCCCUGGGCCUCCGAGGAUUGCUACGAGAAAAUUGUGACUGGUAUUUCAAGCAGUUUUUGAGUGAUAGGCAACAGAAACAGGAGGCUGGCCUUACAGGUCCUCUGCAGAAGGAAGAGUUGCAGUUGGGAGUGGAUACUGCUAAUAGGGCAGCACAACAGUACCAGCAAA